GAUGAGCUAAUUUUCCACUCGAAACACUAAUCAUGGCACAAGACGACAGCCGCCCUUCCCUUGCAACCGAUGCUGUACUCAAGCAAUCUGAGCCCAUCCCAGAAGACUUUGUCGAAGUUGCGGGGAUCGACUACUCCAAGGAUAAUGCGUAUGACAUGAAGGCCACAGAUUUAAUCAAAUCGAUGAAAACUAUGGGUUUUCAGGCAUCUUCUGUCGGAACUGCCUGUGAGAUUAUCAACGAAAUGAGCCUGUGGCGUGGAGAGCAUAUCGAUAAAGUUUCUGAGCACGAGAAGACUGGUGAAUUCGACAACCUGGGACACCAAAAGGCCACCAUCUUUCUUGGUUUCACCUCAAACUUGAUUUCCUCAGGAAUCCGUGACACUUUGAGAUACUUGGUUCAACAUAAGAAAGUCAGUGCCAUAGUAGCAUCUGCAGGUGGAAUUGAGGAGGAUUUGAUCAAGGUUUUGGCCCCCACGUACCUUGGCGAGUUCAGCCUUCCCGGCAAAAGCUUGAGAGACAAGGGUCUCAACCGAAUCGGAAACUUGCUUGUUCCAAACGAUAACUACUGUAAGUUCGAAGACUGGAUUGUCCCAGUGUUGGACAAGAUUUUGGAGGAGCAACAGGCAGAGGCCGAGAAGCUUGGCGCCGAAGCCUUGAACGCAGACUCUGAAGCAGUGUGGACUCCUUCGAGACUUAUUGACCGCUUGGGCAAAGAAAUCAACGACGAACUGUCUGUUCUCUACUGGGCUCACAAGAACCAGAUUCCAGUGUUUUGCCCUGCAAUCACGGACGGCUCCAUUGGAGAUAUGCUCUUCUUCCAUACUUACAAGGCGUCUCCACAAAGACUUCGCCUUGACAUCGUGUCUGAUAUCCGCAGAAUCAAUGCUAUGUCCAUUGCUGCCUUCAAGGCAGGUAUGAUUAUUUUGGGUGGUGGUUUGAUCAAGCACCACAUCUGCAAUGCCUGUCUCAUGAGGAACGGUGCUGACUGGGCAGUCUACAUCAACACAGGCCAAGAAUUCGAUGGCUCAGACGCCGGAGCCAGGCCCGACGAGGCUGUUUCUUGGGGCAAGAUCAAAGCGGAGGCUAAGAGUGUUAAGGUUUAUGCCGAUGUUACUGUGGUUUGGCCUUUGAUCGUGGCCGCAACUUUCGCAGCCACAAGACCUGAAUAAGGUCAAAUGCGAGUCUACUAUUUGUUAUUGUGUAGAAUGAAUAUCAAUGUAUAUGAGUGCUACGAGCGGCUUCCCAA